GCCCGCCCCGCUUCCCUCGAGGGUGUUGGGGGACUCCUGUCUCCGACCCUGCGGCCUCUCGGUCCUGGCCUCUAGUUCUCGUCCGCCGCCUGUUCUUGCACGCCUUUCCCCGGUGGACACCUGCCCGGGAGAACUAUGCCAUUUUUGGGUCAAGACUGGAGAUCUCCUGGAUGGAGUUGGAUUAAAACAGAAGAUGGCUGGAAAAGAUGUGAAUCCUGUAGUCAGGAACUUGAAAGAGAAGACAGCCAGUGUAACAUCAGUCACAACAUUAUCUUAAACAGUGAAGAUGAAGAAAUAUUCAGUAAUGAAGAACAUGACUAUGCAUCCAAAAAAAGGAAAAAGGACCACUUUGGAAAUGACACAAACACGCAAAGUUUUUAUCGUGAAAAAUGGAUCUAUGUCCAUAAAGAAAGCACAAAAGAAAGGCAUGGCUAUUGUACCUUGGGGGAAGCCUUUAAUCGAUUAGAUUUCUCAAGUGCAAUUCAGGAUAUCCGAAGGUUCAAUUAUGUGGUCAAACUAUUGCAGCUAAUUGCAAAAUCCCAGUUAACGUCAUUGAGUGGUGUGGCACAAAAGAAUUACUUCAACAUUUUGGAUAAAAUUGUUCAAAAGGUUCUUGAUGACCACCAAAAUCCCCGCCUCAUCAAAGAUCUUCUCCAAGACCUAAGCUCUACCCUCUGCAUUCUUAUUAGAGGAGUGGGGAAGUCCGUGUUGGUGGGAAACAUCAAUAUUUGGAUUUGCCGACUAGAAACUAUUCUUACCUGGCAACAGCAGUUACAGAAUCUUCAGAUGACUAAGCAAGUGAACAAUGGCCUCACACUCAGCGACCUUCCUUUGCACAUGCUGAACAACAUCUUGUACCGCUUCUCAGAUGGGUGGGACAUCAUAACUCUCGGCCAAGUGACCCCCACGCUGUAUAUGCUCAGUGAAGACAGACAGCUGUGGAAGAAACUGUGUCAGUACCAUUUUGCUGAAAAGCAGUUUUGCAGACAUUUGAUCCUUUCAGAAAAAGGUCACAUCGAAUGGAAAAUGAUGUAUUUUGCACUUCAGAAAUAUUACCCGACUAAAGAACAGUAUGGAGACACUUUACAUUUUUGUCGGCAUUGCAGCAUUCUCUUUUGGAAGGACUACCAUCUUGCUUUAUUAUUCAAGGACUCAGGACACCCCUGCACUGCAGCGGACCCCGACAGCUGCUUUACUCCAGUGUCUCCACAGCACUUCAUUGAUCUCUUCAAAUUUUAAAAGCAGCCCUCGUUUGGGCUGUCCCUGUCGUCUGAGGUUGUACAUCGUACUGUUUGUGCAAUAGCUGGUAGUAAAUGUUCUUUGUGACCAAAAGCAAUGACGAGGGUGGCGACUGGAGGAUCCCAUGAGGCCCAUGCUUCCAGAAAGAACGUGAAAAUUGUCCUUCAGUGGCUAAAGGCUAGGAAUGGACUCUUGUAUAUUUUCUCUUUGAAGAAGGGCAGAAGAUCCAAGCAAAUCAUUUCUACUUUCUUUAAAACUUUUCUUCUAAGCAUAUUACGAUUUGAAAUUUUGCAUUUUUAUAUAUAUAUAUAUGGUUCUAAAAGGAUUUUGUAUUUUCAGCCCCACUUUCUGUGCCAAACUGACACCAAUGGCCAAAAAUAUGCUUAACUGUCCAAUUAUAGUUUCCCAAUUUUCUAGCAGUUGGGGGUGGGGACAAAGCAAUUCAUUGAUUGUUGUAAAUACAUUGUGCAGAGUAUUUAUUUUUUCUUUAAAUGUACUUUAGCAACUGCAUUGGCUGUGCCCAAAUGAGUACUCUUCGAAUGCAGAAUGAACCCAGGGAAUGCCAGCCAUACUGCCUCUUGGUGUGUAUUGGUACAGUUGUGAAUUGUGCAGACUGUGUAGCCUCACGAUGCUGUGGUAGUCUGUGCUCCUGGAUGCCCCAGGUGGGUCCUGGUAGGGCACUCCUGCUCCAGGUGUCAAGUCUGUGUAGCCACCCCUGACCUGCGGCGGGACCAAGCUCAGGCUUGUCAAGACUUAGUCCGCAACAGCCAUUGUAGUCCAAACUUCACUUGUGUUAAAGCUACUUUUAUAGACAAAGUAAUAAUAAAUCAUGUUGACCUAUUGAUUUAA